UUUUCCUUCUCUUCUCUAGUGGAAUGUUGUUUUCAAUGUGCAACCCGAUCAGCUCGCUGCAGAAAUUGUGCGUUUUUCACAGUUUUUCACUAUUUUCCGCGUCCCAAACGGCACCAUUACGGUACAGCUCGAGGUCAAGCGCCACGUCCCGAUGGAAGUGUACGGGUUGGUGUACCGCCCUGCCAGCUAGCCCGCGUGUUCCGUGCAUUGCUUUGUGAGGUGCUGUUGUUGUUGUUGUGUUGUGGAGGUUUGUUUUGUUUUUUUUUCGUGUGUGUGAUAGCGAAGAAAAAAUCGCCCGUCAUUGCAACCGACGUAACCGUAACGGGGUGGAAAAGUGUGUGCAAACGAAGUGAAGGAACGUAAGACCCCAAAACCAAAACAUUAGAAAGAGAGCUAGUGGACACGCCACCAGCAGCAGCAGCAACGAUGGCUUCGCAGAGCGGAAGCCUCCAGGAUCGGAGCAAUCUGGAAAAGUACAUUCGCCAGCUGGCGAUGAAGGCCGCCCAGAUCAUUGUGCAAUCACGGCUGGGUGAGAAAAUUGCCACCGAAAGCAACCCGAACUCCACGUCGACGGAUUGGUUUAACAUCUCAAUCACCGACCAGCAGUCUAUCCUUGAUGUGCUUGUCGAGACGAAGAAAAUCCUCGCCGACGGUGGGCAGCAUGAAUCGAUCAUCACGCGACUGCCACUGUGCGUAGAAAUCUCACUCCAAACGGCCGAAGGUGGUAGCAUGAUAUUGGAGUGCUGGACGCUGAGCAUCAGGACGGACCAAACGAACGCACCCCAGCGCGCCAACCAGGUGAUCUACAAUCGUAUGAGUUUGCUGCUCAAGUCGCUACUCUCAGUCACACGUGUUACACCGGCGUACCGCGUAUCGCGCAUGAAACGGGCCGACUCGUACGACAUCUACUACCGCAUCUAUACAGGCGAACCCCAGACGAAUCAGUUGGGCGAUGGUUACAACCAGGUACGCGUCGGACAGUUGUGCACACAAAUCGGAACGUUAAACAUGGCCGUGGCCUACCGGACGAAGAUUACGUUCUCGCCAACGCAAACCGGACGCGACAACACGAUCAUGCUGAAGAGUGAUCACUUCCUGAAGGAUAUCAGCCCGAAGCACGUACGCUACAACUACAACAAAAAGAUCGAAAAAAAGGUGAUCGAUCUGGACAAACCGAUGCGCUGCGGUGCAUUCGUGGAUGCGUCGCGCGUCAAGAAGCCCACCGAGGACGACUACACACUGCCGGAGACGCCCCCGUUCAGCUGGCUGCUGCCGAAGCCGCGCGACGAAAGCACCUUCCGCGGUGGCGAGGGCUGCGAGGAUCGGGUAUCGCUCCACUCGCCCACCAACGUGGACGAAAACUGCUCCAGCAACGCGAACAAUCUCAACAACAACAACGCCAGCAAAGGCUCGUACGAGUCCAACAGUGGCCCGAUGCAUUUCCGCCUCUCCCAGUCGCCCAAGAGCGGCGACGCGAUCGCCACCGGCGCGAUACCAGUGCCUGGCGCGGCGACGGUAGCGAUGCCGGCGGCCGCCACCACCACCGGCAGCUCGACACCGCCCCCCAGCUCGCUCGGUGGGGCCGGCAGUGAGCUGCGCCGCUCCUCCCGGUGGUCGAUACGGCGCGACCCGUCCGAGAACGACCGGAUGCUGAAGGAGCUACAGUUCGCGUUCGCGGAAACGACGGCCCAGGGCGAGCUGGCCAAGUUCCUGCGCGAGUGCUCGAACGCGCCGACGCUGCACGAGUUCGACGUGAUGCGGUCGAGCGGUGCGGACACGCUCACCGAGGAGGACCACAUCAUCGACGGCAGCCGGAUACUGACCGAGGCCGACACCUGCCCGGACAGUGGCGAGGACGAGGAGGAGGGCGACGUGCUGGCGGAUCUGACCCGCCAGCUCGAGCAGUUCGAAACGUCCCUGCCCGAGUACGAGGAUCUCGUCACCUCCCUCUGCCAGUCGAUCGACAGCAACUCGAACAGCUAAGCGGGCGAAGGCGCUGGGAAGGAGUGGAGUCCAGCCGGGAUUAUAUGUAUAUGAUAUGAUUAAUUUUAGCGAGGGAACCAACCUGUCGACUGAUACUUUUUUUUGAUGAUAUUCAUCUUCACACACACAGACACAGGCAACUAAAGUAAAGCAUUAUGCAGUACGACACGUGUGCGCGUGUGUGUAUACGCUAAACAUGGCAAAAAGCGUUUGAAUUGAGACAGUGUGUAGCAGCGGCCAAAGAGGAAGGAAAUGAAAGGAAAUGUUUUAUGCUGUUGGAGAAUGGUUUUGUGAGGGGAAGAGGUCAGGAAGGAAGUUUAGAAUGGCCAUGAGUGUAGUUUUUUUCUUUUUUCUUUUGCAAAAGAUCCAUUUUCCUUGCCUUAGCCAUUUAGAAAGAUGAGGAUCAAACACAGAACACUGUAGCGUUUAGGCGGCGGCUUAUGUGUGGUAUGAUGUUGCUGCAAAAAUCUAUCUUUAUGAUCGAUACAUCGAUGAAUCAAAGUUCCUUAGCGUGUGUGCGUGACUAGUGAUGAGGGGGAUGGGAGAGCGAGGGAAUGGGAAUGGGACGUUAGGCAAAGAAGUAGAGGAGUUCGAUAUCAUCCCCUUCGCUAAACAAACCCCCAUUACAGAAAGGAUAUUUACAUUCAUUUAACGGUUAUUAUUUAUCCAACUAGGAGACAAAAGCAAGCAAAAUUAUAUUCUAAUUAGUACUUUAGCGCAACUACUGCUUCUACUAUCAGCCAUAUAUAUAUACACAUACAGACACACACCAUUUAUACGGCGGCAAAGGAAAGCUUUCCGCUCCAAUAUAUGUUUUGCAUAUCGCGGGUGUGCGGUUUUUGCACACCCCUCAAUGGGUCUUUUCGUGGAAAAAUGUUGGAACUCAAUUGGCUUUAAUUCGUGUUUUUUUGCUUUUUCCCUUUUUAGCCCCCCCCCCCCUUUUUUGCUUUAAGCGCGAUAUGUAAGAAGGAAGGGGAAGUAGUAGCUUUUAGUAAGGUAAACCAGUAACCAGAUUGUUAAGAAACAAAGCUUAUAGGGCAAGGAAGGAGAAAGCGAGUUUACGUUCUUUAUGGAAAUGUUUCCCAGCAACACACCCUCUCACCCACCCAUUCGGAAGCACUGGUCUGCUGUAAAUAGUACAAAAAGGGCAACGGCUAAACUAACGGUUGCUUUUAGUAGCCUUCUUUUAUAUUAUUUUCAUUUUGCAUUCAUUUGUAAAUAGACAACACAAUACAAUUAUUCAGUUAUUUACUUUUUCGAUGUUAGAAAGUGCUUUUGGGGGCAAUGAGAUGGGUGGAGGGAAAACACUUUCUCAUACUGAACGUAAACUCAUGGCGCAAUGAAAUGUUUGAAUCGAAGAGAGAAAACUACUACUGCGUAUGGAACGAUUAAUCAAAAAAUACAUCGUUAAAGUCAGACAGUCCGCGGCCGCCGAGGAGGUGGUGUGCCUGUGCGUAUGUCUCCUAUUGUUAUUAACGGUUUUUAUCCUUUCUGUCAGAUUAUAUUCAAUUAGCAAACCAACCAAGCGGGGAUACAUCAUGGGGAGAAAAAAGUUAAGGGAAGCGUUAAGGCAAAAUCAAUCUAUUUAGGACAAAAUGGGGCACAGCAGAUUAAAAUAUAAAUAUAAGCUCUACAGUGGAUGCCUAUGCUUUAGCGUUACUUUUUUCUGUUUUUUUUUUCAUUCUAGUACACUAGUAGCUUACUCUUUACCUUCAAAAUCAUACUUACCGCUGCAUACACAGACACACGGCGUGUUUCUAACGUAGGUAACGUUUUCGUGGAACAUCCAGGAAAGCGGUUCAGUUUUGCAAGCAUCACACUAAUAUGGGUUCAUCGUUACCUCUCACACUAUUUUCUAUCCCCUUUUUGCUGCAUCCCAAACAUUUUGUCCAACACACAAUAAUGUCGAUUUACAUGGCCAAACAUUAAAAGAUAAGUGCAUCAAGAUUAUAAACGUAUUCGUAAUGUGUAAUUAUCGCUCAAUCAGACACUUUGCUUGCUGCGCGCUACUACUACUAUUAUUCAGGUUCUUGAGUUUUUUUUUUUAAUAUAAAUCACUUUUCAAACUGAGACUGAAGAACGUAAUCGUAACACACAGAAAAGUCACUGGUUUGUGGGUGGAUAGAAGCGUCUGUUUUUUAAGGGGUUGUUCUUUAUUUUGCGCUAAAUUAAUUGUUACUGGAAUUCGAGUCAUUUUAUUUUUCUUCUUCGGGAACAUAGAACAUAGCAUAGAGAGGGAAUUAAAGGGGGUAUAUGAGCUAAUUUAGCAAAAGUUGGAUAUGUUUUGGCAGGCAUAGGAACAAAAUCACAGCAUAAAAGAUAAGAUUGGCAGCAGGGACAUUACAUUACAUUUUGAAUUAAUUCCGAUGGUUUUAGGGAAAAAAGACGCGAGACGAUAUAUGGGUGGGUGGCAUUGUAAUGGUAUUUUUUAACUCCGCAAACACUUUGUUUUCCAUCAGCCUAGUUUGACAGUCACCGUGAAACCGAAUGGUUAAUGCACCACCCCCUCCCAAAAAGCAACGCAAGAGUAUGCGAACGCGAUCCUCAUUAGUGCAACGAUAGAAUUUUGCUCCGGAACGAUUUAUUUUUGCCCUUAUUCACAUUGUCACUCUACAGUAUCAAGAAAUAGUAACAGAGAACAGCAUCAUGUCAGCAAACAAAUAAAACCAAAUUAUUAAGAAAACAGAGAA